GGGCGAGCGCCAGUCAGGGCUCCUCCUCUCCUACCCCCACCCCCCUCACCCUCCCCUUCCCCCUCCUUCCCUCUCUCCCUCCCCCCCCCCCGCCGCCCGCCAGACGGUGGCUGAGGAGGCAGCGGGAGGGGAUGGUGCGUCUGGCGGAGACGGUGGCGGACGCCGCUCCGGCUCCUCCAUCCCCCCCCGCCGUCGCUAUGGGUGUGAGUAGGGCCCCCCGGCCCGCGCAGAUAUGAGACAUCUAUUAACAAGCUAAAAGUGACAGAACCAUGGCUCAGUUUCCAACACCUUUUGGGGGCAACCUGGAUAUCUGGGCUAUUACUGUGGAGGAGAGAGCUAAACAUGAUCAACAGUUCCAUAGUCUGAAACCAACAUCUGGAUUUAUCACUGGUGAUCAAGCUAGAAACUUUUUUUUUCAGUCUGGGUUACCUCAACCAGUGUUAGCACAAAUAUGGGCUCUAGCUGACAUGAACAAUGAUGGGAGGAUGGAUCAGUUGGAGUUUUCAAUAGCUAUGAAACUUAUCAAAUUAAAACUACAAGGUUAUCAGCUCCCAUCUGCACUGCCUCCUGUCAUGAAGCAACCACCUAUUGCUCUGCCUACUGCACCAGGAUUUGGUAUUGGGGGCAUUGCCAGCAUGCCAUCUCUUACAACUGUUCCCCCAGUGCCAAUGGCAUCUAUUCCAGUAGUAGGAAUGUCUCCACCAUUAGUAUCUUCAGUUCCUGCAGCAGCAGUACCUCCCCUGGCUAAUGGAGCUCCUGCUGUUAUACAGCCUCUGCCUGGUUUUGCUCAUCCUGCCCCAUUGCCAAAGAGUUCUUCCUUUAGUAGAUCUGGUCCAGGAUCACAGCUAAAUGCAAAACUGCAAAAGGCACAAUCAUUUGAUGUAGCUAGUGUGCCUCCUGUGGCAGAGUGGGCUGUACCUCAGUCAUCAAGACUGAAGUACAGACAGCUGUUUAACAGCCACGAUAAAACAAUGAGUGGACACUUAACAGGUCCACAAGCAAGAACUAUUCUUAUGCAGUCAAGUUUACCCCAGACUCAGCUGGCUACAAUAUGGAAUCUUUCUGAUAUUGAUCAAGAUGGAAAGCUAACAGCUGAAGAGUUUAUUCUGGCUAUGCACUUAAUUGAUGUAGCUAUGUCUGGUCAGCCGCUGCCACCUGUACUGCCUCCAGAAUAUAUUCCACCUUCAUUUAGAAGAGUGCGCUCUGGUAGUGGCAUUUCUGCUGCAAGUUCAGGAUCUGUAGACCAAAGGUUACCCGAAGAACCAGCAUUAGAAGAGGAACAGCAGCAACUGGAAAAGAAAUUACCAGUUACAUUUGAAGAUAAAAAACGGGAGAACUUUGAACGUGGCAACCUAGAACUUGAAAAAAGGAGGCAGGCUCUCCUGGAACAGCAGCGCAAAGAGCAGGAGCGUCUGGCACAGCUGGAACGGGCAGAGCAGGAAAGGAAAGAGCGGGAGCGGCAGGAGCAGGAACGCAAAAGACAACUGGAGCUGGAGAAACAGCUGGAAAAACAGCGGGAAUUAGAGCGGCAGAGAGAAGAGGAAAGGAGAAAAGAAAUAGAAAGAAGAGAGGCUGCAAAACGGGAACUUGAGAGGCAGCGGCAACUUGAGUGGGAGCGCAACCGUCGGCAAGAGCUCCUUAAUCAAAGAAACAAGGAACAAGAGGACAUAGUUGUUCUGAAAGCAAAGAAGAAGACCUUAGAAUUUGAGCUGGAAGCUCUAAAUGAUAAAAAAAAUCAGUUGGAGGGAAAGCUUCAGGAUAUCAGAUGUCGGCUGUCUACCCAAAGACAAGAAAUAGAAAGUACAAAUAAAUCCAGAGAACUGAGAAUUGCAGAAAUCACCCAUUUGCAACAGCAGCUACAGGAAUCUCAGCAGAUGCUUGGAAGGUUGAUUCCAGAAAAACAGUUGCUUAAUGACCAGCUAAAACAAGUUCAACAGAACAGUUUGCACAGAGAUUCUCUUCUUACUAUCAAAAGAGCAUUAGAAGCCAAGGAACUAGCACGUCAACAGCUUCGAGACCAGCUAGAUGAAGUAGAAAAAGAAACCAGAUCUAAACUUCAGGAAAUUGAUAUUUUCAAUAAUCAAUUGAAGGAGCUGAGAGAAAUACAUAACAAACAGCAACUACAGAAGCAAAAGAACUUGGAAGCUGAGAGGCUGAAACAGAAGGAGCAAGAAAAGAAGACAGAUCUUGAAAAGCAAAAGGAAGCUCAAAGGCGAACCCAGGAACGAGAUAAACAGCGGCUUGAUCGAGUGCAGCCAGAAGAAGAUCUUCAGUGGCAAAAAAAAAUCCAGGAAGAUGAAAAGCAAAAAAGGGAAGAAAUAACCAAGAAGAAGGAAAGUGAGGAUAAGGGGAAACAGGAAAUGCAAGAGAAACUGAGUAAGCUUUUCCAACCACAUCAAGAGGCAAACAAGCCAGCUGUGCAGGCUCCUUGGUCAAAUGCAGAAAAAGCUCCUCUAACCAUUUCUGCUCAGGAGGAUGUAAAAAUAGUGUAUUAUAGAGCACUAUAUCCUUUUGAAUCGAGAAGCCACGAUGAAAUCACUAUUCAACCUGGUGACAUAGUCAUGGUGGAUGAAAGUCAGACUGGAGAACCAGGGUGGCUUGGUGGAGAACUGAAGGGGAAAACUGGAUGGUUCCCUGCAAACUAUGCAGAGAAAAUACCUGAAAGUGAAGUUCCAGCUUCUGUAAAGCCAGCAAUUGAGGCAGCUGCUGCACCUAAAGUUUCUGUGCAUGAAACCACUACAUCACUGGGAGCUCCUGCUUCUACAGAGAGCACUGCAACUGCAAAUAACUGGGCUGACUUUAGUUCAACGUGGCCAACAAACACUAGUGAGAAACCAGAGACUGAUAACUGGGAUGCCUGGGCAGCUCAGCCAUCUUUGACUGUUCCCAGUGCAGGGCAGCUGCGGCAGCGAUCAGCCUUCACUCCUGCCACUGUCACAGGUUCAUCUCCCUCUCCAGUCUUGGGCCAGGGUGAAAAAGUAGAGGGGCUUCAAGCACAGGCUUUGUAUCCUUGGAGAGCGAAAAAAGACAACCACCUCAACUUCAAUAAAAAUGACAUCAUCACAGUUUUGGAGCAGCAAGAUAUGUGGUGGUUUGGAGAGGUUCAAGGACAAAAGGGGUGGUUUCCCAAGUCAUAUGUGAAGCUUAUUUCAGGCCCCAUUAGGAAGUCAACGAGCAUGGAUUCUGGUUCCUCAGAAAGUCCUGCUAGUCUGAAAAGAGUAGCAUCACCAGCAGCAAAAGCAACUAUGUCAGGUGAAGAGUACAUUGCUAUGUAUACUUAUGAGAGCUCUGAACAAGGAGACCUAACUUUUCAGCAAGGUGAUAUGAUUCUUGUGACAAAGAAAGAUGGUGACUGGUGGACAGGAACGCUGGGUGAUAAAUCAGGAGUUUUCCCAUCUAAUUAUGUGAGACUCAAAGAUUCUGAGGCUCCUGGAGCAGCUGGAAAAACAGGAAGCUUAGGGAAGAAACCUGAAAUUGCCCAAGUUAUUGCCUCUUACACAGCAACGGGUCCAGAACAGCUUACUCUUGCUCCUGGUCAGUUGAUUCUUAUCAGAAAGAAGAAUCCAGGUGGCUGGUGGGAAGGAGAGCUCCAAGCACGAGGGAAAAAACGGCAGAUAGGAUGGUUCCCUGCUAACUAUGUGAAACUUUUGAGUCCUGGUACCAGUAAAACUACACCAACUGAGCUACCUAAAUCAGCAGCGUUACCUUCAGUGUGCCAGGUAAUUGGCAUGUAUGACUACACUGCACAGAAUGACGAUGAGCUAGCAUUCAAUAAAGGCCAGAUUAUAAACGUCCUUAACAAGGAAGACCCAGACUGGUGGAAAGGGGAGGUGAAUGGACAAGUGGGUCUCUUUCCAUCCAACUAUGUGAAGCUAACAACAGACAUGGACCCAAGCCAGCAAUGAAUCAUAUGUUGUCCAUCCCCCACUCAGGCUUGAAAGUCCUCAAAGAGACCCACUAUCCCAUAUCACUGCCCAGAGGGAUGAUGGGAGAUGCAGCCUUGAUCAUGUGGCUUCCAGCAUGAUCAUCUACUGCCUUCUGAGUAGAAGAACACACUGCAGAGCAGUUUACCUCAUUUUACAUUAGUUGCAUGUAAUCUCAGUGUCUGAGUUAAUUACCUACAGAUAUAGAUGCAAAAUUAAAAUGAAACAAAACAACAACAACAACAAAACAAAAAAAAAAACACACACACAAAAAAAAUCAGAGGAUAGUGGGUCCUUUUGUGGCUUUCAUAGUUAUCGAACUAAUUUUUCCACCUUUGCACAGGUGCUUUUAGUAGUUUUAAAAUUGUUUCAAAUAUAUAUUUUAGCCUUUUAAAGGAAAAGUAUAAAUUAAAUUUUUCUUUGCAAUUUUUAUUUGAGCAAAAAGACCCACUAUCAAGGAAUGCUGCAUGUGCUAUUAAAAUUGUUCCAAAUGUCCAUAAAUUCGAGACUUUAUGUAUCUUUCUUUUUUAUUGUUCACUUGUCCAGUGUUGUCAUUAUGUCUUUUUUUUUUCCUUUUUUAAAAAAUUUUCUUUAAUUACAAAAGGACAGGAGGAGUUAAAUCAGUUUAAGGAUUUUUAAAUGUGCCCAAGUACAGAUAAGGUAUUUUGUUGUAGUUAUUGUACUGUAUGUAUCAGGUGUUCCCUGUUGAGUGUGUAAUACAUUGUGGAGAGAAGAAGUUAACUUCCUUCCAGUGCAAGAGAUAUUAACCUUGCAUAGUGUUAUUAUCCCAGUUAUGUUAAUUUUAUUUUGCACAUUAUUUGUAGCUGCGUACAAUUAGAAAAGACUCUGGUCCAUGUUUGUCUCAGAUGUUUUGGUUUUUGCAUUUUCAUACCAGAAAUCAAUAGAAAGCUACAUUCGUGUGGGAUUUGAGAAUUAACUUCUUUGUUUUCAUCUUGGUUACAUGAAGAUUGUUUUCUCAUUUUUACUACUUAUGACCAUGGAACGACACAUUUUGAACAGUAAUUUUCCUGACAAGAAAGAAUGUAUAGAAAUAUCUCCCUGCAAUUAAUUUCCAAUGUUUACAUUUUUUAAACUAGACUGUGGAAUUUAUACGAAUUAAUAUUAAAUGGAGCUUACAGUCAAGUUUAUGUAGUAGAUGUGCUGUAGCUAAGCCAUGUUUGUCUUUUCAGCAUUAGUUAAAAAGCUCUUGAUGAAAUGCCUGGUGCUGUUAGUGCAGAAACCCUCUCUUCUGAAUGCCUCAAGCACAAUAUAGCUGUUCUAAUUACUUUACCAUUUAGUUAUGUUUUGGUUUAUGUAUUUCAUUUAUUUCUAAAUCUCAUGCUGGCAGUGUUUUAGUGUUUCUAAUCCUACCCCAUCUCCCUCCUUCUGACCCAUCAUGCAGUGCAAAGAACAAGUGAAGCUCCUUAUUCAAUUGCACUUCAGUAUUUCAUCAAUAUGAAUGUAAAUUAUAUAAAUAUAUAAAAACCUGCAGCUUUAACAACUGUAAUACAGCCUUUAAAAUUAGUUACAUGUAUAGAUAAUUAAAUUCUUCAUAUAAAAGAUAGUCUAAAAUGUGUUUGUUGUCUUGUUGCUGUGUACACAGAGAAUUCACCAAGUGGCAUUUAGUGCAUGUAAUGAGUUUGCCACCAGAGUGGCCUGAAGCCCACCUGUUUAAUUUCAGAAUGACACUGGUCUUGGUUCCUUGACUAUUAUUUCAAUAUAAGUACUCAGUUUGAUCAUGAUUAUCUUGCAACCUUUUGCACCUUUCUUUACUCAAUGCUUUCUGUGUGUUACAAAUCAGUUGGGUUUUUUUUUACUCUUCUGGUAGAUGAAUUAAGAAUACUCUGUUUUCCUAAGGGUUUACAUUGAUGCUAGGCUCUGUGUUUUAUGCCAGAAGCUCUAGUCUGAAAAUAUGCACAAUUGCACAGAUUUUCUUUAGGAUAGUGUUUAAUAUGCACAAAUUUUGCUUUUACCUCUGUGCCAUUAAAAGAUCAAAACUGUUUUCUUCUCCACCAUAGCCACUUGAUGAAAAAUAUGCUGCCUGGUGUGAUGGAAAUUGAAGAGAACAUAAUAUUUGUAAUUUUCAGUGCCCAUUGUUCUGCUUGCUGAGAAUGAUGUAGCCAGAUUUUGCUCCACUAUUUCAAUAUUUCAUGCAUUAAAAUAUUAUUUUAAUGAAAGGGUAUCUCUAUUUUCCUAUAAUGAGCUGUUGUGUUGAAAGAUUUAUAACUUGACUAAAAGCAUUUGUCCUAAGGGACGUUUUGUUUUUUAUGACUUCAGGCCAGAAGCACACUUUCUCUCUGCAUAUUGAAAUAUGGCAAUACUUUGGAUAUAGGGGAUUCAGAGGCUGCUUUUUUUAUUCCAUUAAUUAAAGUGAGAAGAAAAAUAAAACUGUUAUGAUAA